UGAAGUUCUCUAGAAGCGCUGCUUUGCUCAAGUACCUCCGUCCUGUCCUCUUCUCAGCGGUGCAUCUGAAGAGGUUGCUCUAUCUCAGCUUCCCAAUGUGAAGUGGAAAGAGACGCUUCAGAAGGGAUACUUGGAAAGCUGCCAGAUGUUUUGCUGUCUGCAGACAACAUUCCCAUAUUAGGUCUUUCGUGGUGCAUCAGAGAAGAAAAGGUUUUUUUUCCGCAUCCCUUCUUGAAUGUCCUCACUGUCAGUAGGAUCGAAGGUGGGAGACAACUCAUGACCACCAAACCGUGACGGGCUUGGCUUGCGCUGCUUCUGGCUGCUUGGAAUAAUCCCUGGGCCGCUGUGGAGAUGAAUGGAGAACAGCAAUAUGAUGCAGAUGCUGGUUCUGGUGUGGAAGAAAUGGAAUUCAAUUGGGAUGAGUAUCUAGAAGACACAGGAGCCACUGCCGCCCCCCAUGGAUCUUUUAAGCAUGUGGAUACAAGUUUGCAGAAUGGUUUUGCCCCUGGUAUGAAGCUGGAAGUUGCUGUCAAGUCUGACCAAAACACCUAUUGGGUAGCCACCAUCAUUACUACCUGCGGGCAGUUGCUCCUAUUGCGCUAUGACGGGUAUGGGGAGGACCGCAAGGCUGACUUUUGGUGUGAUAUCAUGACAGCUGAUUUACACCCCAUUGGCUGGUGCGAACAGAACAAGAAGAUUCUCAAAGUGCCUGAAGGUAUCAAGGACAAGAUACCUGACCAGGAGGAGUUCCUUCAGCGGGUGCUGAAAGGAGCAUGCAGUGCUCCCGCUAACUUGCUGGAGGGGCUUCACAGAGGGAAAAAUCCUUUGGAUCUCAUUGCACCGGGCUCCAGACUAGAGCUGCAAAACUUCCAGGAUUCCUUGGAAGCCUGGAUCGUCAACGUGGUAGAAAACGUGGGAGGGAGACUUAAGUUGCGAUACGAAGGUUUGGAGGAUUCUGACAAGUUUGACCAAUGGAUGUUCUACUUGGACCCUUUCCUUCAUCAAGUGGGGUGGGCAACUCAACAGGGAUAUGAGCUGCAACCACCUUUAGCCAUUAGGUCCUUGAAGAGUGAAGCAGAUUGGCAAGAGAUCCUGAAGAAAGUGAAAGAGGAGGAAGAGGAGUCAUCGGUUCCUACUGAUCUCUUCAAGGACAAGCCUGUGAUUGGCGUACAUUCAUUCUCUGAAGGCAUGAAGUUAGAAGCUGUGGACCCACUGGCUCCAUUUGUCAUCUCUCCUGCUACGGUUGUCAAGGUAUACGAUGAAAAAUAUUUCAUGAUAGAAAUUGAUGACUUGAGACCAGAACGCACAACCAGCCAGUCUUACAUUUGUCAUGUCAACAGUGCUGGUAUUUUCCCUGUGCAAUGGAGUCUGAAGAAUGGCUUGCAUCUCAGUCCCCCACUAGGUUAUCCUGGGCAGGACUUUGAUUGGGCAGACUACCUCAAACAAUGUGGUGCUGAGGCAGCUCCCCAGAGCUGCUUUCCUUUGUUCACUUCUGACCAUGGAUUUAAAGAGAAUAUGAAACUUGAGGCUGUGAACCCAGUUGAUCCUGAGGAAGUCUGCAUUGCUACAGUCACCAAGCUGAAAGGUUCCUACCUCUGGCUUCAGCUGGAGGGCUCCAAAAAGCCCGUUCCUGACUGUAUAGUGAGCGUGGAAUCAAUGAAUAUAUUUCCAGUGGGUUGGUGUGAGACGAAUGGAUAUCAGCUCAGACCUCCUCGCAGAGCAAUAGUAAACAAGCAGAAAAAAAUUGCAGUAGUUCAACCAGAGAAACAAAUUUUGUCUUCAAGGACAGUUCAUGAUGGACUAAAGAACCAGGAGCUGAACUCUUCUGACUCAGUGGUAAUUAAUGGCAAGUACUGCUGCCCAAAGAUCUACUUCAACCACCGGUGCUUCUCGGGGCCUUACCUUAACAAAGGCAGGAUUGCCGAGCUCCCUCAGUCCGUGGGACCUGGGAACUGCGUGCUUGUUCUGAAAGAGGUUCUCACUCUGUUGAUCAAUGCAGCUUACAAACCCAGCCGUGUCCUUCGAGAACUUCAGCUGGAUGAAGAGGCUGCGUGGCAUGGGCAUGGAGAAACCCUGAAAGCCAAGUACAAAGGGAAGAGUUACCGUGCAACUGUGGAAGUUGUGAGGACAGCAGACCGAGUGGCAGAUUUCUGCAGAAAGACGUGCAUCAAACUGGAAUGUUGUCCAAACCUCUUCGGUCCUCAGAUGGUGCUGGAUAAGUGCUCGGAGAACUGCUCCGUCCUAACGAAGACUAAAUACACACACUAUUAUGGAAAGCGGAAAAACAAGCGGAUAGGUAGGCCACCGGGUGGCCACAGUAACCUGGAAGUAGCCAUGAAGAAGCCAAAUAAAAGGCGGAAGAGGCGAAAACAUUUCUUUGUUCAUAAGAAAAAGCGUUCCUCUACUUCAGUGGAUAACACUCCAGCUGGAUCUCCCCAGGGCAGUGGGGGAGAAGAGGAAGAUGACCAGGAUGAGGUUGAUGAAGAAUCUCUGACUGAGGAUAGUACCUCAGAGCAGCAGGACGAAUUGCUUGAGGAGUCAGAAGUGUCGGAGAAGAAAUCUCUGUCAUCCUCUCCUACGCAGAGCGAACUGUCUCAUUCCCUGGCUCAGGACCGAGACAAGCGGAAGAGGAAGCUCAGGACCUUUUCCUUUUCUGAUGAUGAAAAUAAACCUCCUUCACCAAAGGAAAUAAAAAUUGAAGUUGCUGAAAAGCUGCAGCUAGACAGUAACCCUCUGGAGUGGAGCGUGUCUGAUGUUGUACGGUUCCUCAAGUCUACUGACUGUGCCCCGUUGGCAAGAAUUUUCCUCGAUCAGGAGAUUGACGGCCAGGCACUGCUGCUGCUCACUUUGCCCACUGUUCAGGAGUGUAUGGACUUGAAACUUGGGCCAGCUAUUAAACUUUGCCAUCAUAUCGAGAGGGUCAAACUUGCCUUUUAUCAGCAGUUUGCUAACUGAGGAGCAGCCAAGUUGAAGUGGACCUUUGAAGCACAACUACAGCAACAUGCUCCUUUGGCAACCAAAUGAAGCUAAAUUGAGGCUCUGGCAACCGAAGAGCAUCUGUCAGCCUCAGUUUUUCGCUUUGAGGAAAGGAAGACAACAUCUGGAGCAAAAUGCCAAUGCAAACACGGGGGCUACUCUGCCAGCUGCCAGCUUGGGAACGCGAUAGUCUCUUGCUCUAUGGUUCCCUUUUUUAAAUGUAUUUUUUAAUGAUUACAGAAGCGUCUCCUGUGGUGGGAAAUGACAUUUCGGUAGUUCUGUUGGCACAGAACUGUAAAAGGAGCAACGGAUCCUGUUUACGUUAGCAUGCAGGCUGCCAGAAACAACCUUUCUCUGUUCCCGAUGAUUCACAGAGUCCCCUUCCCCUCCCUGUGGGCGAACACGGCACUGGCGUUGGAACGUGCUCCUUGCACGUCUGUGUGUUAAUGUUGAGGUUUUUUUAAAAAAUUUGUUCAUUGUUAGGACAACAAUGUGGCCACAGGGUUCUGAAUGUACAGUAUGGCAAGAGUGUGGUUUCUUUUUCUUUUAUUUUUUUUACUGUAUUUUAUUUUUUUGUUUUACUACCUCCGUAGCUUGAACAGUAAAAGUGAUGAUCUAGAAAGGGAGGGAACUACUACUUCUGGACAAGUCAUAGGUAGCUGCACAGCAGCCUCUCUUCUGGAGGCGUGUCAGAAUUACAAACCAGUAUCAGCCUGCAGAGCUGCUGUUCCAAAGCUUUAGCUGAAACCUGUGUCGACUUAACUUGGAUGCUACCUUGUACUCAGCUGUCAGAAAACGUAAUUAUUUUGCACUUCUCUUACAGAUGGGCUGUAGGAAGAAAGGAAGGAAAGAGAAAGUGCCUCUGCAUUUUCUGUGUUUUGGUUGUGAAGUUACUUCCUUUUCCUCGUAACAGUUAAUUGGGCUGCGUACACAGAGCCUGGCAGCAGCUCUUUGCUUUGCUACCUGAACGCACGCCUGUUUGGAGUAUACACUAAGAAAACUGCAAUCAAUAGAGGCCUGCUCUACCCGUGUUUUCAUGCUGGAAACUAUAUUAGGAGCAUGACUUUUUUUUUUUAAACUGUUUAGUGUUACUCAGGAUCAGACUGAAGAAGGAGGUUUUUCUGUUUGUUUGCUUUUGUGUGCCGCCUUUGGAGGGGCAGAGAGGGAAGAAAAAGGACCAGCUAGUUCCAUCAGUAGACCCGCGGUGGUGAUGGAUUGCUAAUUUUAAUUUUCCAGGGUAAUAAAACCCAGUCAGCCACUAGCUUUGGACCUGUGCUUUACACACUUUAAGUAACAGAGCUUACCUACUUUCCAUCCACGUUGUGGGAAACUUGCGUCAGGCUUGAGAUCUGCUUCAAAUAAGCAUUCGGUUUCAAAUGCCUUGCAUUCAUCUGCUCUGCCUAUUCUCACGCGCGUUUGGAGAGCAUGGGCUGGAGCUUUGUGUGUGCAGCUAGGAAGUAUGCACCUCCCAUGUCCUUUCUCCCCGUCAGUUAGGUUUCUGCAGAAAGCCCCCAGCAUACAAAGACCUGUGAGCUAGAAAAGUGCUCGCUGUAGGAAUUUCUUUAGGAAAGACACUUUAGUUUCUGACAAACAGUGGUUAGUCUGGUCAAAGGGAUGGAUUCAAGCUCCUCUGAGGCCUGAUAGGACUGGUUGGUUUGAUGCUGUGAGCUGUAGGAUUCGAUGAGGAGGCACUCUGUAAGCUAAGAACUGGGUUUGCACAGUCUGUGCAUCCACCGCGUGAGCAAAGCCGCUUUUGAUUUCCUUGUGUUGUAAGCCUCUUGGAAUAACUGCCUGGUCGAGGCAGGAGUGCUAAAAUACAAAGAGUUGUUUUUCCGUUCCGGAAUGAAAAUGUAAAUGCCUGACAAACUGCUUACUAGCUCAGUAUUCUUGGGUGAGGGACGGGGAAGGAGUGGGUGACUAGACCAGUUUUCCUCCCAAAUUAUAAGUAGAGUCUGAAAAUAAAGUUAAAU